ACGGCACCUUCUUCCUCAACCUUCCUCCCCCUCCUCUCAUUUAUAGACCACGCCUCUCCCUCCUCACUCUCAUUUUCCUCUCGUUGCUUUUUUUUUUUUUUUUUUUUCUCUUUCGGAAAAAAAGAGAAAGAAAAACGAAUCAUUUUCAGAUUAUUCAAGCUCGCCACCAUGAUUUCCGCUCUUAAGUUUCGAGUGUGCUCCGCGAAGCGUGGGAUGUUUUCUCUCGCCUUGCUUCUUCUCUUCCUCGGUCAUCUCAGCCCGGUGGCCGCUCAGCUGAGUCCGCCCGACCCAUUUCAGAACCCGCGAUUCAAUCCCUCGAUGGCUAUCAUAGUCGUCGUGUUAAUUUCCGCCAUGUUCUUCAUGGCGUUCUUCUCCAUCUACAUCCGUCACUGCUCCGACUCAAAUAAUGCCGGGAGUGUGCGCCCGCUCGCCGUUCUUUCCCGCCGACUUGCCGCAGCUCGCGGGCUGGACCGCGCCGUGAUCGAGAAAUUCCCCACUUUUGUUUACUCCGACGUCAAGGGGUUGAAGAUCGGAAAAGGCGCGCUGGAGUGCGCUGUAUGUCUCUGCGAGUUCGAGGAUGACGAAACGCUGCGUUUAAUCCCCAAGUGCGAUCAUGUCUUCCACCCUGACUGCAUCGACGCCUGGCUCGCUUCCCACACUACCUGCCCUGUCUGCCGUGCCAACCUCACUCCCCAGCCGGAAGAUGAGAAUUCGCCCGCGGUUCAACCCACCGAGUCUUCCCGCGAGGAAAACGACAUCGAGUCCCAAAACGACGCCGUUCUUUCCGAUCACGAAAACGACACCGUCACAGAAAACGCCGGCUCGGCUCCACCUGCGCCGGAGCAGCAAGUGGUUCCCGCUUUGAAAAGGAACCGUACACGUGGAUCUUCGAGAUCCGGAAUUUCGUUUAUCAAGUUCCUGCGUUCGAACUCAACCGGGCACUCUGUGGUGCAGCCAGGAGAAAACACCGAGCGAUUCACGCUGCGGUUGCCAGUCGAAGUGAGGAAGCAGAUAUUGAAAGAUCGGAAGCUGAACCGGGCGACCAGUCUGAUUGUUCUGCCUGGAGAAGCGAGCUCAAGGAGAGGUUACCGAACUGGAGUUGAUGGCGGGAGCAGCAGAGGAAAAUCUAGUAGUUACCGGCGGAUUGACCAGCCGGAACGGUUGAUCGUCAAGUCAGACCGAUGGGUCUUUCUCAGAACCCCUUCGUUUUUCUCAAGAGCGUCGUCUUUCAAGUCCCCCAGGGUGGCGGCCAAUGACGGCGAGGGUAUGUCGACUAUGUUGAACGGGCCGGGAGCUCAGGGCAGUGAUUCCGGUCGUCUUCCGGUGUAGUAAUUAGCUACCGGGCCCCGUAUUAAUACGAAUUUUUUUUUAUUUUCUAAAUUGUGUAUAAUACGCUUUUUUUUGGGUAUUUUUUAAUUAUUUUAUUUAUAAGAACAAUGUAGUUAGACACACAAAGUCUUUUGAACACAUGCUUCCGAAAGCUAAUUUUUAUUUUAA